AUGACGGCACCAAUCCCAGCAGCAAUUUUCUUGGCCUUACUGGACGAUGACGAAGAAGAGGAUGGCGACGAGGAGUUGGACCAAAUUCUUAGCGAACUUGGAAAAAGUAAAAGAAAGCGGAAACGAGAUCCGUUAACGAAUGAUGUCGAUGACGGAGAGCAUCUCAGAGUUUUGAAACUUUUAGCGAAAUCAAUGCGAAUUACCGUGGCGGGGUGUACUCCAUUUGUGGAUGAAGAAUUUUACCGACAAGUGCUCAAAGCAUUUAUUUACAUGGCUUCUAAAAAUGAGUCAGUUAUUCAAGAUGUUACCACCAAUGAGUACAAAACUCUGAACAUUGCACUCAAUCGAUGCCUACAAAAGCGUAAUUUGGGAUUUUACCUGAAUGGCACGGUUUGUGAUGGAUAUCCAAAAGUAGAUGGAAUAUAUUACUUCAGAUCGGAAGAGUACUGGAAGUACCGAUUGACUGGUUACUCAGCUCGAUGGCGGAGACAUAACCCGUUCGUAGAAGCAGGAUGGAAUGCUGUCGAGUUUGUUCAUGGCUACUGCUUCGAAACCUUUGUGGACAAUAUUAUGGAUUUACACACUUAUGAAAUGGCGUUGGAGGGCUUGUUCACUGCUAUGGUUCUCAAGCAUUGGCAAGUUCCCGUAACUUUAAAGCAAGACAUAUUUUGGAAUAAUGUCCUAAACACGAAAGACAUUCAACAAACUAUGAGAAGUUUGGACGCUUGUGUGAUCGGUGGCACCAAAAUGUCUCCAUUUACUAAACGCUUAGAUCGACCUUAUGUUGGACAGGAGGCCUCAGAGAAUCCAAAACCCGACACGUCGACCAGCACAGUAGACUCGGGGGCAGAAUCAUCAUCAAAUGAUACACAGAAAGGGUGGACCAAAGGUAUCGAGGCUUACUGGGAGUGGUACGAGUCGAAAGGAGGAUUCAAAGAAAUUUCGAAAAAUUUUGGAUUCUGUAUCAACAAUGCAAAUCUUGUUGGGAACAAGGAUGAAAUGGAAGAUCAUGUUCAGUCGUACAAGGAGAUUGCGUGCCCUGAUGCACAACCAGAAAGUGGUGGCACUGCCGCCCCUCCAGCUGCACCACCACCACCUUCAGACGCUUGAAUUAGUUCAUUUUUUUAUAGAAUUAAAAAUUUAUUAACAAGUUACAUAUA